AAAAUAACACCAAAACCCCCUUUUUGAUCCCAAAACCCCUUUAGCUCCAAAAUAUCUCUACAGCCUCUGCUUUCCAGAGCCAAAGUAUCGGACCCCUCAACCGCCUUCAUAUUUUGCUGGGUUAAAUCAGUUGCUUCUUUCGUCUUUUUCAUAUACCAUUUUGUUGAUCUCUUCUCUGUUGGCAUAUUUGAGAAAGCAAUCAAAAUGAAUAGUCUUGUUCUAUUGAAGAAGUCUUCUUCUUUACAUGCCUCGAAAAGGGUUGCUCUUAAUGCCCUUACUCAUCUAUUGUUCUCGCCGUCGACGUCCGGCGAAGACAAGUUCAUUUCUGGAAAUACUCAAUUUAACAGCUUUACCACUGUUAGUACGGCUAAUACUUCGAGAAAUGGAAACUGGGUUGAUAGGAAAUUUGGGGUUUCUGUAAGAGGGUUUCAUUCAGGUCGGUAUUUACGAGCUGGAUAUGCAGUGGCGAAUUUACCUGAGGAUGAUGAAGGACUUGAGAUAUCAAAACUUGGUAUAUCUCAGGAGAUCGUUUCUGCUUUGGAGAAAAAGGGAAUUACUAAGCUCUUUCCUAUUCAGAGAGCUGUUCUGGAACCAGCAAUGCAAGGAUCUGACAUGAUAGGUCGAGCUAGAACUGGAACUGGGAAGACACUAGCUUUUGGGAUUCCCAUCAUGGAUAAGAUCAUUCGCUUCAAUGAGAAACAUGGACGUGGAAGGAAUCCUUUGGCUUUAAUCUUGGCGCCUACCAGAGAACUUGCUAAACAAGUGGAUAAAGAAUUUUUUGAAUCUGCUCCUGGUCUGGAUACGCUGUGUGUUUAUGGUGGUGUUCCCAUUUCACGCCAAAUGAGUUCCCUGGACAGGGGAGUUGAUGUUGUUGUGGGAACGCCAGGUCGGAUUAUUGAUCUGCUGAAGAGGGGUGCUUUAAAUUUGGCAGAAAUCCAGUUUGUUGUUCUAGAUGAAGCUGAUCAAAUGCUUAAUGUGGGUUUUGCGGAGGAUGUCGAGACCAUAUUAGAAAAUGUUCCGCAGAAGCACCAGACACUGAUGUUUUCAGCCACAAUGCCCAGUUGGAUAUUAAAAAUUACCAACAAGUUCCUGAAAAAUCCAGUUCACAUUGAUCUUGUAGGAGAUUCUGAUCAGAAACUGGCUGAUGGGAUUUCCUUGUUUUCAAUUGCUUGUGAUAUGCAUCAGAAACCCGCAAUUCUUGGACCUCUGAUAACUGAGCAUGCAAAAGGAGGCAAGUGCAUUGUUUUUACUCAAACUAAACGUGAUGCUGAUAAAUUGUCGUAUGUAAUGCAAAAGAGUUUCAACUGUGAAGCUUUGCACGGGGACAUCUCACAAACCCAGAGGGAGAGAACUUUAUCAGGUUUUCGCCAAGGUCAAUUCAAUGUUUUGGUGGCUACUGAUGUUGCUGCUCGAGGACUUGAUGUACCUAAUGUUGAUCUGGUGGUACAUUAUGAGCUUCCAAACUCAUCAGAGAUCUUUGUUCAUCGAUCUGGUCGAACUGGGCGUGCUGGGAAGAAAGGAAGUGCAAUUCUGAUUCAUUCGUCAGGCCAACAUAGGGAUGUGAAAGGAAUCGAACGUGAUGUAGGAUGCAGAUUUAUCGAGCUUCCAAGGAUAGAAGUAGAGGCUGGAGCAACAGACAUGUUCAGUGACAUGGGCAGAGGUGGGGGCCGCUUUGGCUCUUAUGGAGGCAUGGGAGGUGGUCGGUUUGGUGAUUCUGGUUCAGGUCGCUCUGGUGGCUAUGGAAAUUCUGGCGGCAGGUUUGGGGGGCAAGGCGGAUAUUCUGGUCGAACAGGUGGAUCUGGUUUUGGACGAUCAGGAGGUAGCUUUGGUGGAUCAAGCUCAGGUCGCUCAGGGAAUUUUGGUGGUUCCGGGGACAUGCGUGACUCCAAUCGCCAGGGAGGAUUUGGUAAUUUUGGUGGUUCAGAUCGUAGUGGCGGUUUUGGAAGUUCAAACCGGACUGGUGGCUUUGGAAACUUCGAGAGUUCAAACCGCUCAAGUGGUUUUGGAGGAUUUGGUUCAGGCCGCUCUAGUGGAUUUGGUGAUUCACGCUCUGACAAUGAAAAUCGUUCUGGGAAGAAAUUUUUCUAGUUCUUUCUGCAAGGUGAGGACACUGUGAAUAUGGCUUAUUGGGAAUGACCAUGAAGAGACAAAUGUGCGACUGAUGUCCAAUUUGUGAAAGCAUAUGUGUUGAUUAUCAGGUUUUGUUUAGAUUUGCAGUAGUUCCAGAAUAUGAUUUUACAACUAAAAUGCUAUACGUAGAGAAUUCCAUAAGAAAUAACCAUUUAAUAUCCACUUGGUUUCCACCUAUAUGUAAUCUUUAGCUUUCAAGAACACAGUCUUUUGCUUGCCCGCUAUUAUAUUGUCUCUUAGUCAUAAUUUUUUAUUAUCUCAAGCUUAAUGUUAAGCUGC